AGAUGGCCAUAGAAAGCAGACCUUAGUCACCUAGCCUAGCUGAAUGCCCUGAAGUCCGAUCGCUGACCUGUCUUCCUUGUCUCUUUUAUAUGAGUGCCAACCUGGCCUUCUGGUGCCUACGGGGCCCACCUGGCAGCCACCCAGGUAGCUUGGCAGAGAAAGACUUUAUUCCAAUAAGAGAAACUAAUACAUGCGUGGAAGCAGAGACUUGGAAGCCCCCAGACCCAGAGUGACCAACAGGAUCUUGGACCAAGAGACGUCAUAGAUUAACCCUCCAGAAACAAAGAGCUCCUACUGCACUCCAGGACUAUGCCCAUCUUCAGCCAUGCUCCCACCAGCCGGUCCCCUGCUGUCUCUCCUGCUGGUGACAGGCACAUGUGGCACGGAGCUCAGUCCCUGGGUACCUCCUCAGGGCUGCUACGUGGCCGAAGAAGCUGGUGAGCGGACAUUCCGUUGCAGCCAGGCGGGCCUGAGCACGCUGCCCACCGGCAUCCCCAACGACACACGCAAGCUCUACCUGGAUGCCAACCGGCUGGCCUCGGUGCCAGCAGGAGCCUUCCAGCACCUUCCUAUCCUGGAGGAGCUGGAUCUGUCCCAUAACGUCCUUGCCCACCUCUCGGGGGCCGCGUUCCGGGGCCUGGCGGGCACGCUGCGCCGCCUUGACCUCUCUGCCAACCGGCUGGCCUCGGUGCCCGCAGAGGCCUUCGUGGGCCUGCAGGUCCAAGUGAAUCUGUCCGCCAACCCAUGGCGCUGUGACUGUGCCCUGCAGGAGGUGCUCAGGCAGGUGAGGCUGACACCAGGCCCUGGAACAGGCAUCGUGUGCGGCCCCGGAGCCCGCCCCGACCUCGUGGGGCAGGAGUUCCUGCCUCUGGCGGGCGAGGAGGAGCUGUGUGGGGCGGGGCGGGCCGGGGCCCAGCGGAGCACUGAUGUGGCUCUGCUGGUCACCAUGGGGGGCUGGCUGGCACUUGUGGUGGCUUAUCUGGCCCACUACGUGUGGCAGAACCGGGAGGAGCCCCGACGUCCCCUCAAGCGGGCCCCGGUGCUGCCCGGGCGCUCCGAGGACUCCUCCACCCUCAGCACAGUGGUCUGAGGACCGGGGCCACCCCUCCAGCCCCCUCUGAUGACCUGGCCUACAUUCCU